CCGGGGUUAGGCUGGCGCAUUGCGUGAGGUUCGGUCAUUCUGUUGGCGGCUGCGGUGUGAGACGGAGUUGCAGUCAUGGUGCUGCUUCACGUGCUAUUUGAACAUGCCGCUGGGUACGCACUGUUUGUGGUACAAGAGGUGGAGGAGAUUGGCAUGCUGCUGCCUCAGGUGGAGGAGAGCAUGCUGAAUGUUGGCAAAUUUAGCAGUGUGGUGAAGCUGGCCGGUUUCCUGCCCUUCAAAUCUGCCCAGAGUGCCCUGGAGAAUGUGAAUGCCAUCUCUGAAGGUGUCCUGCAUGAGGACCUCAAGCUUUUCCUGGAGACAAACUUGCCAGCUAAGAAGAAGAAGGCUUUGUUAGGAGUUGCUGACUCUAAAAUUGGAGCUGCCAUCCAGGAGGAGCUGAAGAUCUCAUGCCAGGCAGGUGGUGUGGUUGCUGAAAUAAUAAGAGGGAUCCGGCAUCACUUCCAUGCACUGGUGAAGGGUCUCACUGCACAAUCGGCAUCUAAAGCCCAGCUGGGUCUGGGGCACAGCUACUCCCGAGCCAAGGUCAAGUUCAAUGUCAACAGAGUGGACAACAUGAUCAUACAGUCAAUCAGUUUAUUGGACCAGCUGGACAAGGACAUAAACACUUUUUCUAUGAGGGUCAGAGAAUGGUAUGGUUAUCACUUCCCAGAGCUGAUAAAGAUUGUUCCGGACAACUACACCUACUGUCGUAUGACCAAGUACAUUGGGAACCGCAAAGAACUGAGCGAGGAUAAACUGGAAGACAUGGAGGAGAUUGUUAUGGACAGUGCUAAGGCUCAGGCGGUUCUGGAGGCGUCCCGUUCAUCCAUGGGCAUGGACAUUUCUCCCAUUGACCUGAUAAACAUUGAAAGCUUCUCCAGCCGUGUCAUUUCGCUGUCUGAGUACAGGAAGGGGUUGCAGGAGUAUCUUCGCUCCAAGAUGAAUCAAGUGGCUCCCAGCCUUUCUGCUCUCAUUGGGGAAGUGGUGGGUGCCCGUCUGAUCUCGCACGCCGGCAGUCUGACUAAUCUCGCCAAGUACCCAGCGUCCACGGUGCAGAUUCUGGGAGCGGAGAAGGCUCUCUUCAGAGCGUUAAAGACCCGAGGGAACACUCCUAAGUACGGCCUGAUCUUUCACUCCACUUUCAUUGGCCGAGCAGCUGCAAAGAACAAGGGCCGGAUCUCCCGCUAUUUGGCUAAUAAGUGCACCAUUGCAUCGCGGAUAGACUGCUUCUCAGAGGUCCCGACCUGCGUGUUUGGCGACAAACUGAGAGAACAGGUUGAGGAGCGACUGUCGUUCUAUGAAACCGGAGAUGCCCCUCGCAAGAACCUAGAUGUGAUGAAGGAAGCUGUGACUGAGGCCACAGAGGUUGUUGCAGAGAUAAAGAGGAAACAAGCGAAGAAGGAAAAGAAGAAGAAAAAGCGUGAGAAGAGGAAGCUGGAGGCGCUAGAAGUUGAUGAGGAGGCGGAUGAGGAGCCCACACCCAAAAAAAAACCAAAGGAGGAUGAACAGCCAGUAAAGAAAAAGAGCAAGAAAAGGACAGAGUCUGAAGCUGAGGUCUCGGAAAAUGGGCUAGAGGAGGAGGAGGUCGUGGAGAAAACUCCGUCAAAGCAGAAGAAAAAGAAGAAAUCUGUCUCGGAGACGCCUAAGCCGGAGAAAAAGAAAAAAAGUGUCACAGAAGAAACUCCGCACACAGAAAAAAAGAAAAAGAAAAAAUCUAAAGUGCAGGAGGAAGAUGACAGCUGAUAGACUGAGGCUCCUGGGGGGCAGAGUCCUAGCCCAGGGGCUGCAAUCCCAGAGACUUUGUUUAGCCUGAGGGUUGUGCCAAACGCUUGUAACAUUUCACAUUUAUUUUUUUAUCUUUGGGGGGGGUCUCUGUACGUAAGAGACCCGAUAUCGCCCCUUUGUCCAUCUACCUGAAUGUAACUAUUUUUUGGAUUAAAAUCUUCUAAAAACUCA